UAGGUUUCCGGUCCAGGUAACUAAAUAGCCAUCCCUACUUAUGGAAAGUUGAAUCAUUUAUAUAUGCCUGAUGGCAUGUCGUUUAAAAUCAGUACAAAAAGAACAUUUGCCAUAUUCAGAUCUAUUGAAUACCUUUUUAUAUAAUUUGCGUGUUGGUGUUCUUAAACAUUAGAAUUUUUAAAAUAAAACAUUAGCAGAAAAGCAAUUUCAGAUAAAUGGAGGCGUCACUGUGUCGUGUAUGCUUGGAGAUCGUCGAAAAUACGGUCAACAUUUUCGAGGCAAAACAUGAAUCGGGCAUAUCCAUCGCGAAUAUUAUUUCAUAUUGUACGGGAAUUGAAGUUGUAAGCGGAGAUCAUUUACCCGCCGUCAUUUGUGGAAUCUGCCUUCAAGAUGCACAAGAUGCAUUUGAUAUUAUUGAAACUUACGAAAGAAGUCAUCAGUUCUACUGCUUCUUUAAUGAUGUACGGCAGGAGGAAAGCGAGAGUGCUGAGUGUAAUUUUUUUGGGAAUGAAACAAUCAAGGAAUACGAUUUAAACAACGAGAUGGUAGAGCAGAAGGUUCCUGGCGGAAUAGAUCAGUACGGGUCCAACGCGAGUACUGAGAGAAUUCAAAAUAAUUUGGAAGAUACUACUUUCGGGGAAGAUUACGUUUUUGGUAAAAAUGAGAAUUAUAAGAGUAAUACAGACCAUGAGCUUAGUAUUGAUAAUAAUGAUAAUGCUAACACAGACGAAGGACCAUUUAAGUGUUCUCAAUGCUCUAAGGAUUUUAGCGGAAAAGAAAAUCUUGACCCCCACUUGCAUGCAAGCUGUAAGAUUCACUUGAAAAUCCACAUUGAAAGCCUACGUUUUAAGUGUUCCCUCUGCUCAAAGAGAUUUGUCAAAAAUGCAACUUUAAAAUCACACAUGCGAACCCAUACCGGAGGACAGCAUUACAUAUGUUCUCUUUGCUCUAGACCUUUUACAAUGGUAUCGAAUCUUAGGCGGCACAUGUUAACACACACCGGAGAACGACCAUUUAAAUGCUCUCUCUGUUCGGCGGGUUUUACAACUAAAGAAAAUCGUAAUCGGCACUUGGUAUUGCAUACAAGAGAAGUAUUUUCCCGACGCUCAAAAAGUCUUCAAACUAGCCGACAGUUUAAAACUCGAAGACGACACCCAAAAACAAAAGAACGUCAAUGCAGUAUUCAGUGUCCCUACUGCUCAAAACCAUUUGCGAGUCUUUCACAAUGCCAGAGACACGUGCGAACCCACACUGGAGAAAGGCCUUACAAAUGUCCCCAGUGCCCAAUGGCUUUUGCAUUAAAGUCGAAUCUUAAGAGACAUUUGUCAGCGCACACGGGAGAACGAGCCUUCAAGUGCUCCCAGUGCUCGGCGUCCUUUGCAUCCAGAGCAAGUCUUAAGCGUCACUUUAACAUACACACAACGGAAGAAGCUUACCAAUAUUCCCGAAGAUCAAAGAGAAAACACACCGGAGAACGGCCAUUCCAGUGUUCCAAGUGUCCUAAAACUUUUUCGAUCUUUCGAAGCCUUAGCCGUCAUAUGCUAGUGCAUACCAGAAAAACACUCAACUGUGUCCAUUGCCCAAAGAAUUUUGCAUAUUCUGCUUGUCUUAUGCGACACUUACUAACACACAAGCAGCUGCUUGCAAUACCCAAGAACGUUAGCAAUUAUUAAUCACUUUUGAACACACUAAGUAGUUGAACGGGCUUAGAAUAUUGGUGCUGAAAGGGUUUCUAGAAAUCCUCUGAUCUGUGCUGUUUUAUGUAUGCACUUUGAAUGCCGGCUUAAAAAUGCUCUGAUAGUUAGUAAACGGAAGAAUUAAUGCAUAAUUAGGUUGUCAUUACUAAUAUAAUCUGAAUACAUAGCUCAUAAUAGCUGCAAAUACAAUAAAACUUGUAUUAUUUAAUUCCUCUUUGAAUAAA